AUGGGCAUUCGUUCAUUUUAUUCUGUAAUAAAUAUUAAGGCCCAAGAGGCUGAUAUUGCAAAAAAAAACAGCAACAAGAAAAGUCAGCCUGGUCAGUCUUCUUCCUUUAAAGAGUGUAAAGAGAUUGAGAAGGAUGAAGUUGAAUAUGAAUAUGACAAUGCUAAAAUAAUAUCAGAUCAUGAUGUAUCUUCAUUCCAGAUUGAAGUCGCAAGCACCACUUCACAAAGCAAUAUCCAACUCAGUGCUUAUGAAGAGGAUUUUAGUGACACUGAACUGCCGCAGAGUGCACAAACAUCUACCAUCGACAAAAAAGCAAAGUUACAAAGACCAGAUGAUAUGAGCCAGUGCGCUACAAGAGGGCCAAGACAGCCCGUAAUAAAAAAAUAUUCACAGACAAAAACGAGAACACGAUUUAGGGCAAUCCGACCACAGUGGUUUCAAUCAUUUGAGUGGCUGGAGUAUUCUAAGAUGCAGCAUACUAUUUCCCUUGCAUUUUUUUAA